CUCUCUUGCAUGGUGCUCAUCAGUAGUAGGUGCAAUGAAACUCCUCUCAGCACAAAAUUGUCCACUUGGAUGGGGUAAGGUUGUGCUGCUGUGCCAGCACCGAUUGCAUGUACACCAUGGAGAGAGGAGGGAAUUUCUCUGAAUAAAACAGUGAGUGCAUAUUAAUGUGAGACUUUGACCAAAAAAAAAAAGUUGCAAUAUUAGUGGUUGGUAAAAUAACCUGCAUCACAGUCCUUACUGGGCUAUCUGAAUGAAAUAAAUGGGAUUUGGGAGUACAUGGGUGAGCCAGUUGUCACCCUCAGAUAUCAGCCUUCUAAAUGACAUCCAAAAAAGAAGGAAAAAAGAGAAAAAAAAAAGGGGGGGGGGGGGGGGGGAAGAAGAAGAAAAAGAAAUUUUUAAAAAUGAAAAAAGAAAGUAUGUGUGCAAAAUUUCACAGAAGGCACCCAAAUUGGUAGCUGGUUUUUAGGAUUAAAACUGUAGUACAGAGCAGUCCAGCCAGGUUGCUUUGCACAGGCUAGAAGAGAAAGGUUUCUGAGUGGUUUGUGCUCAUUUUCCACUUGCCCGGACCUGGGCUGCGUGUCGGGCAAAUCCGCUGGCAAAUGUUAACACUGCCCAAGGGACUGAAAGUGAAGCUGGGGGCUGAUGUGGCAUGCGGUUGCCAUGGUACUGGCCAUAAUCCUGCCGGAGUCAGAUACCCUGAUGAUACGGCGAGUUUGAGCUUGCUCUGGGGUACAGCGCAGUGACCCUUCCCCACAGCAUCUGGUUAUGCUUUAAACUUUUGAUAAAUUCCAUAGCCAAAGAAAUCAAAUCAAAUAACAAGCCCAGCCUGGCCAAAGUCCAAGUUGAGGCUGCUGUGUUUCUCAUUGGCGCUGCUGUUUAAUGCAGAUCGGAGCAAAAGCUAAGAUAUUCGGGGUGGAAGUGAGGCACUUUUUGGAGAUUCUGCAGCCUCAGUCCCCAAACACGAGGACGAAACUAGAUUAUCGUGCUCCGGUGAGGUUGCUUGUCGCGUUUAGGGCACAGUCUUUAAUGAAUGCGUUUCUCCCCGUGGAUGUUCCUGGGGGGUACAGCCGCCCGUGUGCGAGGAUGUUCCGCGGAGCUCUGCUGCCUCCAGCCCUGCUGGGGCGGGGGCUUGAAAAAGUCGCGCAAACUCGCGGGUAAAAAAACAACCACCAAAGUUGGACGAAAACCACCCCCAGCUCCAUCCCCGCCUCUGCGCCAGCGAAUGUGCUCAGGCCGAACUUGUGCUGUUUGGGGAGGAGGGGGCGGCUUUCCCCGAGGAAGGGGGGUUUGUGCGGGUUCGCCGCAGAUGCGCUCCAGCUGAGCGGGGUGUGCGGGGGCUCCCGGCGCUCCCGAGCGGCGCCACGGGGCCGGGCCGGCGGAGCGGAUCCCACCGAGCCCCACGGCACCCCCAAAACGGGUUCCUGAGCUGGAAGAUGCCUGUCUAAGAUGGAAACUUCUGCCUCAACAGCUGCUGGGAAAAAAGAAGGGAAAGGUGCUGUUCUGGAGGGGAAUGGCUUUACAGAGACGGGGAAGAAACCCACUCCUUUAGCAGCAGCGGGAGCAGCAGUGGCACAAGGAGUGCCGCAGCACAUUUUUCCGGCCUUCCACGCUCCUUUGCCAAUUGACAUGCGCCACCAGGAAGGACGAUACCAUUACGAACCUCACUCUAUCCACGCUAUCCACGGGCCUCCUCCUCUGAGCGGCAGCCCCGUCAUCUCCGACAUCUCCCUCAUCCGCCUGUCUCCGCACCCUGCCGGGCCUGGCGAGUCGCCCUUCAGCCCCCCACACCCCUACGUGGCGCCGCACAUGGAGCACUACCUCCGCUCCGUGCACAGCAGCCCCACGCUCUCCGUCAUCUCUGCUGCCAGGGGCCUCAGUCCUGCCGACGUGGCUCAUGAGCACCUGAAGGAACGAGGCCUCUUUGGGCUGCCCCCACCACCGCCGGGAGCCAACCCUGCUGACUACUACCACCAAAUGACGCUGAUGGCCGGCCACCCAAACCCCUACGGGGACCUCCUCAUGCAGGGCGGGGGAGCAGCCAGCACAGCCCACCUCCACGAUUACCUCAGCCCCGUUGACGUGUCCCGGUUUUCGAGCCCGCGGGUGACUCCAAGAUUGAGCCGGAAGCGAGCCCUGUCUAUCUCUCCGCUCUCUGAUGCCAGCAUUGAUCUCCAGACAAUGAUCAGGACCUCCCCAAACUCCCUUGUGGCAUACAUCAACAACUCCAGAAGCAGUUCAGCAGCAAGUGGCUCCUACGGCCAUUUAUCUGCUGGGACGAUCAGUCCGGCAUUCAGCUUCCCCCACCCGCUUAACCCCGUGACGUACCAGCAGAUCCUGACCCAGCAAAGAGGCCUGAGCUCAGCCUUUGGACACACUCCUCCCCUGAUCCAGCCAUCCCCAACCUUCCCCCCACGGCAGCACAUGGCAGUCAUCUCUGUGAACCCAUCACCGGCACAGAGCAGCAGCAACAGCAACUGCAUCUCUGACUCCAGCCAGAGCAAGCAGAGCAGUGAGUCAGCCGUGAGCAGCACCGUCAAUCCAGUAAUUAACAAACGCAGCAAAGUCAAGACUGAAGUUGAGGGCUUGCCCCCAGUGUCCCCAAACACACAGGAGCAUCUGACAGACCUGAAAGAAGAUCUUGAUAAGGAUGAAUGUAAACAGGAGCCUGAGGUUAUUUAUGAGACUAACUGUCACUGGGAAGGGUGCACAAAGGAAUAUGACACUCAGGAGCAGCUCGUCCAUCACAUCAACAACGAUCACAUCCAUGGGGAGAAGAAGGAGUUUGUGUGCCGCUGGCAGGACUGCACGCGGGAGCAGAAGCCCUUCAAGGCUCAGUAUAUGUUGGUGGUGCACAUGCGAAGGCACACGGGAGAGAAGCCACACAAGUGCACGUUUGAGGGUUGUUCCAAAGCCUAUUCCCGCCUGGAGAACUUAAAGACACACCUGAGGUCCCACACUGGAGAAAAACCUUACGUCUGUGAACACGAGGGCUGCAAUAAAGCGUUUUCCAAUGCCUCGGACAGAGCCAAGCACCAGAACAGGACACAUUCCAAUGAGAAACCCUACGUCUGUAAAAUCCCUGGCUGCACAAAGCGGUACACAGACCCCAGUUCCCUCAGGAAACAUGUCAAGACAGUGCACGGUCCUGAUGCUCAUGUCACCAAGAAGCAGCGCAAUGACGUUCACCCGAGGCCACCUCCACUCAAGGAAAAUGGGGACAAUGAGGCAAGUGCCAAGCAGAGCAGCAAGGUGUCCGAGGAGACCCCCGAGGCCAACAGCACCACGAGGAGCAUGGAGGAUUGCUUACAAGUCAAAACGAUAAAAACAGAGAAUUCUGUGAUGUGUCAGUCCAGUCCUGGUGGCCAGUCGUCAUGCAGCAGUGAGCCAUCACCCCUUGGCAGCACCAACAACAAUGACAGUGGAGUAGAAAUGAACAUGCACAGCGGGGGAAGUCUGGGAGAUCUGACGGCGUUGGAUGACAACGCUCCUGUCGUGGACUCAACGGUCUCAUCUGGUAACUCGGCAGUCAGCCUGCAGCUAAGGAAACACAUGACGACAAUGCAACGACUUGAACAACUCAAGAAAGAGAAACUCAAGACAGUUAAGGAUUCCUGCUCAUGGGUGAGCCCAGCUCCACAAGCCAGAAACACCAAGCUGCCUCCCAUCUCAGGAAAUGGCUCUGUUCUAGAAAACAGUGGUGGUUCUUCUGCUAUGCUGCCUAACCCCAGAAUAAUGGAGCUGUCUGUCAACGAGGUUACAAUGCUGAACCAACUCAACGAGCGCCGUGACAGUUCAACGAGCACCGUCAGCUCUGCCUACACUGUCAGCCGCAGGUCCUCAGGGAUCUCCCCGUACUUCUCCAGCCGCCGUUCCAGCGAGGCUUCGCAUCUCGGGCACCGCCCCAAUAACACGAGCUCUGCUGACUCCUACGACCCCAUCUCCACGGAUGCCUCCCGCCGGUCGAGCGAGGCCAGCCAGUGCAGCGGGAUGCCGGGUCUGCUGAACCUCACGCCAGCUCAGCACUACAGGCUCAAAGCCAAGUACGCUGCUGCCACAGGGGGCCCUCCUCCGACUCCCCUGCCAAACAUGGAGAGGAUGACCCUGAAGAACAGGAUCUCCCUUAUGGAUGGACCAGACCCCACCUUGCCCUCCGUCCGCCUCCCGCCAGGCCCCAGGCGUUGCAGCGAUGGCAACAGCUACGGCUACCCAUCAGCUCCAGCAUUCCCCCAAGAGGUGCAGGGUAACUGCACAAGACGGGCAAGUGACCCAGUGAGGAGACCUCCUGGAGAUCCCCAGGCUCUCCCACGAGUUCAUCGCUUCAACAGCACCAACAGCAUGAACCCCUUCCACCCUCCACACCCCACAGACAGGAGGAAUUUUGGUCUCCAGAGCUACGGGCGCUCAGAUGGGAGCCUGCCCCGGCACAGCUACUCACCCCGACCACUGAGCAUCAGUGAAAACAUCACCAUGGAAGCCAUGUCCGGGGAGACAGAUGCACCCAUUGGAGAUGAUGACAUCAUGCUGCCAGAUGAUGUGGUACAGUACAUCAAAUCCCAGAGCAAUGGAACAGUGGCUGAGAGCACUUCCAUGGGGUACGGCAAUGAGAUGCAGAACUUCCAAGGAAGUGGGAAGCUGCAGCCUCCAGCCUUGCCUGGCCAGCGCAGGAUGGCGGUGGCUGAGGCAAGCAUGAGCCACUUGGGACCCAUGAUGGCAGAGUGUUCCAUCAGUUUUGAUACUUCUUCAGACAUGAAUAAAAAUAAUAUGCCUGUCCAGUGGAAUGAAGUCAGCUCGGGCACAGUUGAUAUCAUGUCCAAUCAGUCGAAGCAGCAGUUUUCACAAGGGAACUUAGCGGUGGUCCAGCAGAAGCAGAACUUUGGUCAGUACCAGAACUACAACCAGCAGCAGAUGCAGCUGCCAGACAACAGCAUGAAUGCAACGCAGCAGAGCUUUAUGCAGAGAAACAUGGGUAUGGAUGGGCAGAGGCUAAACUGCAUGCAGCUGCGGCAGCAGCCCGUGAGCCUAGGUCCCAGCAUGAACCCCGAUAUGGGCUUGCACACAGGGUAUAACCAACCACAUCAGAUGCUGAGCCCCAGUGCAAUCAGUGGCAACCCAAAUCAGAUCUCUCCGAAUUGCAGCAACAUGGCAGCAAAGUCUGGACCCCACCUUCACCCUCAGCCAAUGGACAUGGCCGACCCUUCUUUGAUGGUCAGGAGCAACAGUGAGCGUACAGUACUGGGACAGGUCAUGCAUGAACCAAGCCAGCAGAACUACUCAUCUCAGCCAAGCCACCUGAACUUCCCUGUGGCUCAGGAGAACUUUCCUCAGCCCAUCAUGACCUCCAAUCAGCCCAGUUUUGAGCCUCAGCAGAGCGUGAUGGGUUCAGCUGCGCAGGCGUAUCCGCCUGGCAUGAUCCAGCCUCGUCCUCCGCCAGAGCCAAACCCGGGCAGCCGACCCCGAGGCGUCCGCACCGCCCAGCAGCUGGGCUACAUGAGAACUCCCCAUCCUACAAACACCAUCAGCCCUGGCCAGGAGACAGCAGAGGCCAUGCAUAAAAGAACCAGCGACAUGUUGCUGGCACCAGCCCAGCAGUGCGCGGACGGCACGAGGGACAGCAACCUGAUGUACUAUUACGGCCAAAUCCACAUGUACGAGCAGAACAACGGCUUUGAAAACCACGCGGACUGCCGGGUCAGGCAGCAGCAGUGCACACAAAACAGCAAGCCAGCCACUCUGCCUUCCCCAGGAACGAACCAGGUGUCCAGCACAGUGGACUCUCAAGGGCUUGAGCCACCCCAGAUAGAUUUUGAUGCCAUCAUGGACGAUGGGGACCAUUCAAGCCUGAUGUCGGGAACCCUGAGCCCCAGCAUCCUGCAGAACCUCUCCCAGAACUCCUCUCGCCUGACGACUCCACGAAACUCUCUGACACUGCCCACCAUACCUGCAGGGAUAAGCAAUAUGGCAAUAGGUGAUAUGAGCUCCAUGCUAACCACACUGGCGGAAGAGAGUAAAUUUCUGAAUAUGAUGUCGUAACGGUAAAGCACAAGGCCUUGGUGCUAUCCAAGGGGCUCUGCGUGAAGCAGCUGUAUGAAUGUGCUUUUCAAAAAUAGUCUGUUUCAAUAGAGUAGGGUUUUUUAUAAGUGUUAAAUACAUUCAAGGAUUUCAAAGUGAAAAUUUUAAGAAGUCUGUGUACAGAAUUAUGUAAACUAUAUGCAGGCAGUUCAGUACCACAGGGGUGCACCUCUAGUAUUAUUUUUUUGUCUUGGUUUCCCAGAGCACUGAACAGUAUCACCACCAAGCUAGGAGACAGCAUGAGGGUGGUUAGAGAUGAAGCCCUCCCUUCUGGGAAGCCCUGUAAAUAGCACUCCCCAUCAUUUCCCUUUAGUUACAUUUGCAAAAAAAUUCUGAUUUCAACCCGCCCCAGAAAGAAAUGGGAGGAUAUGGUUUUGGAUAGAAUAAAAGCCAUACUUUGUAUUCUGCUCUGAUGAGAGUAGGGUUUAGUUACGUCUCCAAACAAGCCCUCUGCCAGCAGUAUUGUUUUAUACCGUAAAUACCUUUGCACCUUGCAAAGAGCGACGUUUCCAAAUGGCUUCUCAGCAAAGUGCCUUACCAUGCUUUCUUGUUAAGUAGCCAAGGCCUCUCUUCCUUUAAAAAUCAAAUAUAGUGUAUUGUCAGAAGCGUAUAUAAAAUGUACAUUUAUAAAAACAUAGUGGUGUUUCUGAGAAAACAUUGGAAAGACACAUUGAUGAGACACAUAAAAGGUGAAUGCACACUUUGAUCAGAUGUGUUUACAACGUGGUUUAUAUCAUGUGCAGAGUGGAGCAGAGGCCUGGGAACAGCAAUCACUGGGAAAUAAUCCCCCGUGGCAGGAAGGCUCUGGCGUGCAGACUGACACACAUGCAUAACUUUGCACCUUCUGAACACAGUGACUUUCUGCAAGUGCCCCACAUGCAUCUUUAAUGUCAGAGUGCUGGAGCACACAUUACUGUAUCCCUGUGCAGCUUUGCAGCAGCUUCACUCUCUGGUGGGUUUUCCAUGCUGAGGUGCUCACACAAACAAGUGAUGGUGAUGGUUUUACGAUCGUUCUAGCCCAGUGUGCACUGUGGCAUUAUUGGGGGAGCAGGUUAAUCUGCCAGGGUUCAUCUGUGUGAUGUGCUCAGUGCAGGGUUCCAUGCACACAACUGGCGCCUAGCUGCACUCAUGUGGGGCCAAGCAUAGGCCAAAGCACCCUGCCCCAAAGCAGGCUGGUUGGCAUGCACCCCGUGCUAGCUUAACGUGUCCCACAGCAUGAAAAAAACUGCUGUAUCCAAAAAAUACAGCACAGUGAACCUGAGUUGUUCAUUUGACUAGCAGACUGCACCUGCAGCACCUGCACUAGCAGACUGCACCUGCAGCACUAAACGUGUAUAGUCUCAAAACAAGAGUCUGAAUAGUAGCUUGGUCAGUGAGCAUCUCUUGGAAUCAUCAUUUGAGAAGAGAUGGGAGGAGCAGGGCCUCCUGAAGCCAAAUUUUCCACCAGAAUAUAACUGCUCAUAAUAGUGAUCAGCUGUUUCCAGGACAGUCCCACCUGCCAGUAAGUUGAUCUUUGUUGCAUUAUUUAUUUUUGCUGUCAUUAGACAAAAGGGUAGAAGCAGCAGGGUGUAUGUACUUGGGAGGAGGCCUUGCUUAACGUCAGACUGUGUUGGACAAGGCCAGCUCCUCUCAUCCUGCUCUCAUAGCCUCAUAUACUUUGUACCCCAUAUGUUGAAGGGCAGGGAACAAGUGUGACAUCCCCUGCAGGUUCUUACAGCCGGACUGAGCAAGCAUCUCUAGAGCUUCACUCUUUCCUUUCCAUCUCCCUGUCAUAUCAGUGAGAUGUUCUCAUUUGCACCUGACUCUGUCCCCUGCACAGGACCAGGAUGGCUCUAUAAAGGUGUUUUCUGGUGUCUUUGCUUUCUUUUUGCACAAGCUGAUGUCAGGAUCACUCUUCCCAGUAUGACCAGGGCUGACAUGAAAAUGCCACGUGCUACCUCCAGGCAAACUCUGUGAUAUCACAUAGGCAGGAGCCGUGCUUGGCAGCGGGGUCAGGACAGCUUUGCUGCCAGGUAGCCCUGGGUACAGCUGGUGCAGGGAGGUGCUGCUCGGCAUCCUGCAGUCUCAUCCAUCUUCAUCCCAAAUGCAGAGGGUGCUCUCAGCCCUGCCCUUCACCCCUCAAUGACUCCUGCUGAUGUCCAGGGUGCAUGAGGACAGGGAAGCAAAGCAAGGUGCCUGGCUGUUUAUUUGUGUCUUCUGUGAAAGUUGUGUUUAAAGGGAUUGUUUUAUAAUCUGCUGUAUAUAUUCUGCUGCAGUUACUGACCUUGCCCUUACCUUUGCAUUCAUGAAAAGAGGGCAGUACAUGUUUUAGGACAUUGUAUGUUGUCCUGGACGCUUGGAAUACAACUGGGCAUCCCUUGUGCUGAGAUGGAUCAAGCUUUCGUGUGUCCUUUGAUUGCUAAUCUGACUUUUUUAGCAGCUGCAUAGGGCAACGAUUGCUCCUGAGUCCCUCCUCACAGAUAUCUCAUUAGCAAAAGUUCAAAUACAGAAGCAAAACCAAAUCUCCAAUGACUUGAGAUUUUUUGGACUUUCCAGUGGUGGUCUUCCUUCAUUUACUGAAAAAGUAUUCUAAUAAUCUUGCCAGCACUGUAUAUAUUAUGUAUAGAAGACAUCAUUACUAAAAGUACUGUAGGUGAAUUGUUCUGUCAAAUUUAUAUCUUAAGAACAUUUUUAGCUGUUUUCUACAUCAUAAGAAUGGAGGUAACAUGCUGAACCUGUAUAUAAACCUUUUGUACAUUAAAAAGUAAUUUUUUU